CGCGCAGUGAGAGUGAGCUGGCCGCCGGGCACGCCGCACGCCGUCGCUCCUCGGAGCAGAGUGCCUGGGUCCGCCGGCAGGCACGCGCCGGGGACACGCCACCUCCGUCAGCACCGCGAACUGAGGACCGGCUCGGGAGAGCAGAGUGUGAUAGCUAUUGAUCGGGUCCGCGGGGAGAGCGGCCUGCGGUUCGGGACAGCGGUCGAGGUCUGCCUGGAUUCUGUCGUCAGAGACUGCGGCGGAGGCGUGCCGAGCCGUGCAGUGUCACCAGCGGCGGCGGCCUGCCCCAGCAGCGGUGCCGCCGAUGGACAUGCAGCAGCGCUUCGGCCCCUGAGUCACCGGCCGGGUCAGCAUGAGGCAGGCCCGGUGGACGCCGCCGGCCCUGCUGGCGGCCGCUACCGUCUGUAUCGUCGCUGUCAAAGGUCGAAACGUGGCGUACCUGGGCAGCACGCAGGGUCCGGCGCUGCCGCUGGGCCCGCCCAUCGAGCUGGGUCAGUUCGAGCCGCGGCUGGCCGCCGACGGCGACGCACGCACCUGCAGCAGCACGCCGCCGCACGUGCGGGAGCGCUGGUGGCAGGUGCGGCUGCCCAGCCGCACGCACGUCGAGUCGGUCGGCCUGGUCGUGCGCCCAGGGUACUCCCUGGACGUGAGCAUCUUCAUCAUCAGCCUGAACACUCAGCAGCCGGAUAGCGCCAACUACCAGCAAUGCGCUAACUUCACCGGUGUGCAGCUGGAGGCCAAACGGCUCUUCUACUGCGGCAGCCAAGGCCUGAUGGGCGAGUACGUCUACAUCCGCGACGAGAAGCGACGCCCCGACUACCUCACUCUGUGUGAGGUCGAGGUGUUUGCUUUCGGAGAUGAGCGCGGCUGCGGCGAGCCCGAGCAGCCGGCGUACUGGCCAGAUGACGCGGACGGACGCCAACACGGCCACCUACCGCUGCCACAGCGGCUACCGCCUGGCCGGCCACCGCCAACGACGCUGCGUUAACGGCUACUGGACCGGCCAGCAGCCCGUCUGCCGCAAAAUCUUCUGCGAGCGGCCUCCGGCGCUGGCUAACGGCCACCUGGACGUGAGCGUGCCGAGCCUGGCGCGGCACCCGUACAACGCCACGGUCCGGUACCGCUGCAGCGCCGGC